AUGACAGUCUCCGGGCUCACAGAUCCGGGGAGUAGCACGUAUUCUUCAAAUACGCUGCAUGUAGGAGAUGGAACGUGGGAUACGCAGGACGACACAUUCUUGCUGCCCAAUCUCAUGGGAGUAAAUUUUGAGACUAUGCGAUACAAUGGCAUGGGAAACCGAUUCAAGGACAUGACUGGAUACCACUCGAUGAUUGUCGCACAUGGCGUUAUUGCGGCGAUUGUUUUCUUGGGCCUCGUUCCAAUGGCAUCCCUCAUCAUCCGAUACUACUCCCGAUGGAAUCCGUACUGGGCAUUUAAGCUUCACGCCUGGUUUCAGGUUCUUACAUUGUUAUUGACAACGGUUAUCUUUGUGUUGGGUUGGUUUGCCGUCGGCCCAGAGAGAAGUUUGACCAAUCCGCACCACGGAAUUGGUCUAGCAAUCUACGUGUUAGUCAUUUUCCAAGCACUGUGGGGCUGGUUUGUGCACAAGGUGGAAAGAAACAAGAUGCGACAUCGUGUUCCAUUGAAACUAGUGCUCCACCGAUGGCUCGGCCGUGCAACCGCUAUCCUAGGAAUUGUACAAAUUCCAUUGGGCUUGACAUUAUAUGGCUCUCCUAAAGUGCUGUUCAUUCUUUUCUCGCUGGCUGCCUUCGCUUACUUGUUAGCAUUUUUCAUCCUGUCUUACUUAUACGAUGAUGAAGCCACUACACAGGGCCAUCUGUUGUCGAAGAUGACCAUCAUGGCGGCGGUGGCGGGGGCUUUGGGGGAGGCUCUUGCUGCCGGUGGGAUGGCUGCAGCGCUUGCUUCUAUGUUCAAACGUCGACCAAAGAGCCGCCAUACAAGUCAAGUUUAUGAGGAAUCACGGACAUCUUAUUCGGAUGAGAAGUAUUCCGACCACGUUUCUCGAAAGGAGAGUGGUGGCUGGGGUAAGAAACUUCUAGAAAUAGGAGCUCUUGCCGGGGCUGGUAUGCUUGCGAAGAAAUGGUGGGACGGUCGAAAACAGCGCAAAGACGAUGCCGAGUCAGGGCUUUAUAGCCCUGCCCACUCACGCACUGAUAGCUUCUCUGAAGAAUCACUCAGUCGACUAGAAGAUGGAAGACCAGAACCCACUCAUCAAACUCCACUCACCCGCCCCCCAAGCCGACCACCUAGUCGACCACAAAGCCCCGGCUCAUCAUACUAUUACAACAGUACAUAUCUCACCGAAACCGAGAGGCGUCCAUCUCAUGGUAUCCGAGAUGCUUUGCUUGGUGCAGGCGCUUUUGCUGGAUUGAAGAAGAUAUUCGGCGGUCGUCGUAACAAGGACAAUGAUGAAAAGAGGCGCUUAGAGGAUAUUCGUCGCCAAGAGGAGGAAGAUGAACGAAUCCAAAGAGUAAACAGCAAAAGACGACAAAACAACCCUCCCGGGCCAGGCCCCUACCCGUCACGACGCCGGCCAAGCUCAUAUUCCGAGAGUGAUCUCACACCAACCGAAUUGACCCCCCGACCUCCUCGAAAUCCUUCCCACGGAUCCCUCCUUUCGGCGGAACCCAUGGCAUCUGGCGCUGUUCCUGGUCGGGUUCUCUCUGAUUUACCUCCUCCCAGACCUCCGGUCCACCACGAACUCUCCGGUGACUCAGUGUCAGAGUUACCACCUUCUAACGACGGAAGUGAGCUUGCAGCAGGAUUUGCAGGGGGAGCAGCCGCUGCCGCCGCAGCUUCUAGUCGUCGUCGUAACAGCCGCAGCCAAAGUGGAUCUCGACGCCGCGAUGACAGCGUCCAUUCCCCGCCUGUUUCCGUGAAAGUCAAAAUGCACAACGACGGUCGCCAUGUGACCCUCCGCCGCCUCACAGAGGAAGAAGCCGCCGCUAGCCGUGAAGCAAGACGCCGAGAGCGACGAAACUCGCGACGCCGUGCAGGCAGCGCCAGCUCCCUGUCCGGUGACGAACGGAGCCAUGAUCGCUGGCGUCGUGUCGAGGAACUGGAGCGUCAACAAGAGGAGCAAUCACGGCGGCAAGCGGCAGCGGCAGCUGCAGCAGGUGCUCCUGUUUCCAUGGCACCGUCAGGCAGCGUCCCUGCAUUCUCCAUGCCUGCCGAAUCUCAAGCUAGCCAUCUGCCACCUCCUCCCAUGGCAGCUCCUGUGCCUUCUGGGUUGGCAUAUGGCAGUGUGAUCUCACCUCCUGAGACAUGGACAGGCACCGAAGCCAGUGGAUCAUACGCAAACAAUCGUCGACGCAGACGAGCAGAGCGAGCCCGAACGCGGCAGGAGAGGCAGCAGCAGCACGGAGUCGAAUUUGAGUGA